CCACCGCCGCCGUUCCCGAGGCAGCUGCUGCGGCGACGGCCGUUUGUCGUACGUACGACGCGUGUGCGUGCGCGCGCGCGCGCCGUCCGGCCGCCGUAGUGUGCCGUACUACGGUGUGCGUGCGGAGCAGCGAUUGUCGGGUCGGUCGACGGACGGACGACAUCGGAGACACCGCCACGCCGGUGGUAAAGAACCGCCACUAUAUAAUACUGUAGUCAGUACUGGACCGGCACGCGAACCGUCUCCGCGUGGUUCAUUCAAACCGGCCCGUCCGUCGAAAAUAAUAUCAUGUUGUUUCGUAUACAUUUCGUCGUUGUGCCGGCGCACGUUUCCGUUUCCGCCCACGCGUUUGCACAGUGUGUUAUGUGAAAAAUGUUUAAUAAUAAAAAAUUAUUAUUGUUUUUGUUUAAAUUAUAACAAUAGUGCGGCGGUUAUCAAUUAAAAUUUAUUGAAUCGUUUGAGUAUUUUUUUUUUUUUAUCGUUUUUCCGUCUAACAAUAUAGCCUACUCGAUGCGCACUCGACUUAAUCCGAUACUACUGCCGAAGAAUACACUUCUUUUAUCUUUUCACACUCUUCGGUUCGACAACGACUUAUAAAUCUAUCGGUGUUUUUUUUUUUUUACGGACUACAAACACGCACUACAGUGGCGGCGAUCGUACAGGCACUACUUCCGUGCGCGAGUCAUUGUCGUCGGCCGCAGUUCGGUGUAUGGGCCAUGGGCAGAAGAUGUUAAACACUUCGUGCUGGGAAACGGGCCGGCCGGAUAACGGGAACAAUGGCAGCGCUGCAGUUGUUGCAUCGCCCGCGGCCGUGCUCCAGGACGCGGACAAGUCAAUGCGAUUGCAGGCUUGCUGGAUCCGGUUGUGGGACAGGUGGGCGUGCGAACAACGAAACGUGGUCCUGUACCAGAUGCACAUCAAUCACGCGCUGUCUCGAGAACGGUCCAAGCUAACGCUGGCCGGCGGCCGGGUGGUAUCGUGCAAGCGUAUUAAGCAGCAGCAGCAGGCGGAACCGUCGGAUUCCCGGUUUAGUGCAGGCACGACCGCGGCCGUCGCGACGACGCUGCAGCCGUGUACGACCGCCGUCGGGUCCACCGCGGUGCAUCUCGCCAGCAGGCGCAUCGGUUACGCGAAUGACGCGGACGACGACGACUACGACGACGUCACCACCGCCGCCGCCGCUUCGGUCGCGUCGCCCACCACGUCGGACGCCUCGGGCGCCCGUGACCUCCGCGUGCUGUCUACGGCUGUCGACCGACUCCGGGCGUCCGGUUGGUACUACGAGGGCGCCGGGGCACAAGCGCGGGCCGCGGAAUCGCUGGUCGGCAUGCCCGCCGGCCGGUUUUGCGUUCGGGAUUCCAGACACUCGGAACACCUGUUCACGAUGGACGUGCAGACCGGUCGCGCCGGCGAGCCCCGGCUGAUGAGCGUCCGGUUCACGUACGCGGACGGCGCGUUCGGGCUGGACACGAUGCCGCGGCGCGCGGACGCCCUCCGCGUCCCGAAGUUCCGGUGUCCGAUCGAGCUGAUCGACUACUACGUGCGGCUGUCCCGGAUCGGGGCCAUCCGCCAGAUGCUCGUGUACCCCGUGUGGAUCGACCAGUGCGGCCAGUUCUUCUCGUGGAUGAACCUCCGCCGGCCGAUGGUCAAGACCACCGACACCGAGUUCCCGUCGCUGAAGCACAUGGCCCGGCUGGUCAUCAACCGGCACAAGCGUCUCAUCACCAUCACGCCCACGUCUCUGCCAAACGAACUGAUCGAAUAUUUACUACAAUAUCCGUAUAGCCUGUGAUCGUAAUAUUAUAAUAUGUAUAUGAUAUAAUUAUUUUCCACGUCGUGUCUACGUUACAUUUUUACUAUUAUUACUUUAAUUAUUAUUUUUACUCUCAUUCUUGAUUUAUUAUUCUUUAGGUUUACGAUAUUUUAGUUGUUUAGCGCUCGUGUACAAACUAUGAUUACGUAUUUAUAUAUAGAUGUGUAUAUAUGAUAUUAUAUAUAUAUUAUAGAGACUAUAGGAAAAAAGAUAUUGUGAUGUAUAUACUAUAGGUAAUGAUAUAUAUAUAUAUAUAGAUGAUUUACCUAUAUAUAGAUGCCUACUAUUUUUACAAACAGAAAUAAUUAUAUAUUAUUAUUUUACUUUUUCUGUCGUCGUGAAUUUUUUUUUUCUUUUCUAUAGAGCAUUAUGCGUGUAAUAAAUAUUAAACAAUGUAUUUCAAUAGAUUCGGGUUUUAACCGUGAUAUAGGUAAAACCACUUACCGUACAAUUUAUGUGUUAAUGGCAUAAUGAAAUGUUUAAGUAGGUGAGUUACUAUUUAUAUAGUUACAGAUAUAAUAAUAUAAUAUGACUAAAUUAUUACGCAAGAUAAAAAAAAAAAGGAAAUAAUACGCUAUCAAACGAUAAUUUUUUUUUUUAUUUAUUUUGCACGCAUUUUCUUAAUGUAAAUAUUUUUUAAAUGCAUAUUUAAUUUAUAUGUUAUCUUUUUUAUAGUAAAUUAUUAUUAUAUCGUGUUGUUGUUUGUAAUACCACAUUUAUUAGUUAAUUUUAAUUUGUAAUAAAAUUUCUGUUUCAAAAAUACACAAAACGAUACAAUCAAA